UCCGGGCACUGGUGCUUGUGCGCAUGCUCCGCGCACAGGGUCGUGCUCUGGGCGGCGGAGGCCGGCCGCUCCUGCUCCAGUUCCCCGCGGAACUGCGAGGUGGCAGCUGUCCGUGUGUGGGUCGGGUGUCAGCGUGAGGCGGAGCUGGGCCAGCAAGAGGUAGCCUGUGGGAGGAAAAGGCCCGGAGUUCUCUACCUGGACCGCACACUCCUCGCGCGGGGAGGGCAGAGCUCAAGAUUUGCUUUGGGGUCACAUUGCUAUGAUGGAAUCAUCUUUGAUAACUUCACCUGCGAGAAUGAGAGACUUCUUUCUUAUUAAAACACAUAAGGAAAACCAGUGACCAGAAGAAUCAUGCAAAUGCCAUUGUAUCAUCAAGAUGUAUUUUUUAACCCAUCAAGACAGAUGAUUUGUGCAUUAAGGAAAAUGAUUUGUUCGUCAUUAUUUUUCACAGUUUUAAAAAAGUCUUUUUCAUUUUAAUCUAUGUGUCUAUCCUAUAAAAUUGAACUUAUUUAAGAAUCUUUAACACUUUGUUUGAAAUAGUAUUUUUUUAGCUCUCAGAAGGUCCGUGUUUACAAACCCUAUUUUUACUUGCUUUAAUAAAGUAGUUUAAUAAAGUAAUUUCUUAAAACAAGUAAAAGUUUAAAAAUUUAUAGCGUCCAGAAAGAUAUGGACCUGGAAAGUUCUGUUAUUGUAACAAACUGCAGUGAAUUUAAAUGGAUAAUUGAAGACAUCCAUUUCCUCGUCAGAAAUAUCACAUAAGUGUACAAUUUUUAGAUUUAAUGCAAACAAAGUUGUUUGAAAAUGGCAUGGGUAAAAUUCCUACGGAAACCUGGCGGCAACCUCGGAAAAGCUUAUCAGCCUGGGAGUAUGCUAUCCCUAGCUCCUACCAAAGGCUUGUUAAAUGAACCAGGACAAAACAGCUGCUUUCUUAACAGCGCUAUACAGGUUUUAUGGCAACUGGAUAUAUUUCGACGAAGCUUACGAGUACUGACAGGACAUGUUUGUCAGGGAGAUGCCUGCAUAUUUUGUGCAUUAAAGACGAUGUUUGCACAGUUUCAACACAGUCGAGAGAAAGCACUUCCCUCAGAUAACAUAAGGCACGCGCUGGCAGAAAGCUUCAAAGACGAGCAGCGCUUUCAACUUGGCCUCAUGGACGAUGCUGCAGAGUGCUUUGAAAAUAUAUUAGAGAGGAUUCACUUUCACAUCGUGCCAAGCAGAGAUGCAGACAUGUGUACCUCUAAGUCUUGUAUCACUCACCAGAAGUUUGCUAUGACCCUGUACGAACAGUGUGUGUGUCGUAGCUGUGGAGCGUCAUCAGAUCCUCUACCUUUUACAGAAUUUGUGCGGUACAUUUCUACAACAGCCCUAUGCAAUGAGGUUGAAAGAAUGAUGGAAAGGCAUGAACGUUGUAAGCCUGAAUUGUUUGCAGAACUGCUACAAGCAGCAAAUACAACAGAUGACUACAGAAAGUGUCCUAGCAACUGUGGCCAAAAAAUAAAAAUUCGCCGUGUUUUAAUGAAUUGCCCAGAGAUUGUUACAAUUGGUUUGGUCUGGGAUUCUGAGCAUUCUGACUUGACCGAAGAUGUCGUUCGGAAUCUAGCAACACAUCUUUAUCUUCCAGGGCUUUUUUAUAGGGUUACUGAUGAAAAUGCCAAAAAUAGUGAACUUCACCUUGUGGGUAUGAUCUGCUACACCAGUCGACAUUAUUGUGCCUUUGCUUUUCAUACCAAGAGUUCCAAAUGGGUAUUUUUUGAUGAUGCAAAUGUGAAAGAAGUUGGAACCAGGUGGAAAGAUGUGGUCUCCAAGUGCAUCCGAUGUCACUUCCAACCACUGCUUUUGUUUUAUGCAAACCCAGAGGGCACCGCAGUUUCUACCGAAGAUGCCCUCAGGCAGGUUGUCAGCUGGUCCCAUUACAAAUCGGUUGCAGAAAAUUUGGGAUGUGAAAAGCCCACACUUCAUAAGUCAGAUAAUUCAAAAGAAAAUGGAUUUGGUGAUCAGGCAAAACAGAGAGAAAAUCAGAACUUUCAAGCUGAUAACAUUUCAUCAUUUAAUCGGAGCCACAUUCAGACAAGCGGAGGGAGAGGACCAGUUAAGUCAAGUCACAGUGAUCAAAGGGAAAAGAUGAAAGACAUUUCCAGAGAAUGUGCUCUGAAAGCCAUUGAACAGAAAAACUUACUUUCUUCACAAAGGAAAGAUUUAGAGAAGGGACAGAGAAAAGAUUUGGGCCGACAUAGCGAUUUGACUGAUGAAGACCUUUCACAUUUCAAGUCUGGAUCACCUCCUGCCCCAAAUGGUUUUCGCCAAUAUCCGAAUCCACGUCUAUAUCAUAGUCAAGGAAAAGGACCAUGCAAACAUGACCGAGUUGCCCAUCAGAGUCGAGCUCCCGCUCAAAUAAUAAGUUCAAGUAAAUCCCAGAUUCUCGCUCCAAGAGAGAAAAUGACUGGCAGAGUAAAGAGUGACAGUGGCACUGGGUAUGAUACAGACAGCAGCCAGGACUCCAGGGAAAAGGGAGGCAGUGGUACUAGCAGCAGUAGAAGCCGGAGCCGAGGUUGGAAACCUAUGAGAGAAACGUUGAACGUCGAUAGUAUUUUUAGUGAAAGUGAAAAAAGGCAGCACAGCCCCCGACAUAAAUCGGAUAUCAGCAACAAGCCCAAGUGUGGCAAAGAUCAGAGUUUUAAUAACUGGUCAAAAGAGAAUCCAAAGCAACGAGGCUUAAUGACCAUAUACGAAGAUGAACUGAAGCAGGAAGUAGGAAGCAGGAGUUCCCUUGACUCGAAUGGAAAAGGAACAGAGAAGAAUAAAGGCCUUGUGGAGAGCAGAGGUCAUGGCGAGAGCGGGCCGAUGCAGAGGACGGAGUCCGGGUAUGAAAGCAGUGAUCACAUCAGCAAUGGAUCUGCUAAUUUGGACUCGCCUGUGAUCGAAGGAAAUGGGACGGUAGUGGAUGCCAGCGGUGCUAAUGAAACAGUUCCCUUCAGUGAGCAGAUUAAGAUGAGUAACCUAAAUGUAGAACAUGUGGAUUGUACCUCUCAUCAGUGCAGAAACCAUUCUGAAGGUUUUAAAAAAGAACUCAAGAACUCGGAAGCAGGCUAUAAAUCCCAUGAGUUUCAUCCAGAAUCACAUCUACAAAUGAAAAAUCAUUUGACAAAAAGAUCAGAGAUACAUGAAACCAGUGGAAAGUUAUUUCCUUCAUCCAGUCCCCAAAUAUUCAAGGACAAUACUGCAAGAGAACAUAUUCACCAGUCAGGUGAACAGAGAUUGGAAAAAACAAGUGGAUGCAAAUUUUCAGAAUGGCCUAAUGUGAAAAAUUCUGAGAAGACAGGUUUGCCUUUUCAUGUUGAUGGUAGUUCUGCUUCUGGGAAGAGAGUGAACAAUAAUGGAACAGUCUCACCAUCUUCGUUGUGGUCUUCACACAUGAGAACUGUUGGGAUAAAGCCAGAAACUCCUCCCCUCAUGCAGCAGCAAAAUGGGAUGGAACAAUGUUACUCUGAGAACUCGCCAUCUAAGGAACAUAUAGUUCAGUCAGCCUGCAGAUCUGAUGGUUGUCAGAUGCCAAAACUGCUUUACCAGAAUCUGCCACCCCCUUUGCCACCAAAGAAAUACGCUAUAACCAGUUUGCCACAGUCAGAGAGAGCUGAAUCUAUAUCUGAUGUCAAACCUGCAGAGAUGCUUAAGGUGCGUUCUUCUAGUCUUCCAAAGCACAGUUCAAGUACAACUUCAGAACCAAGUUUAGAAAUGAGUGCAUAUGUGAGUGAGGAAAGGUGUAAAGAAACAUUUCAAGUGAAAGAGCAUGUUGGCAGCACACCAAACUACCCGUCCAGCUCUCCAACUGACAAUCUUCAGGCAAACUUGGAUACACUUGAUGCUUCUUGCCAACCAGAACUAGAGCCUAAUUCUCUGUGUCCACAUGAGACAGUUUCAUUAACUACCUAUUUUUCAGUUGAUAGUUGUAUGACUGAUACGUAUAGAUUGAAAUACCACCAGAGGCCCAAGCUCCAUUUUCCAGAGAGCAGUGGUUUUUGUAAUGACAGUUCUCUGUCUCAAAGGUAAAGAGGGCUAAGGCCUGGGUUAUAUAACAGUCUUGGUUCAAACUGCCCUUCAGAGCAAAGAUACAAAUCUAGUGUUCAUUGUAAUAGAUAAACAUUGAAAUUAGCAAGUUUAUAUUCUCAGAGGCCAUUAAAAUAUAAUAGGAACCUGCUGACCAAACCUAGUAAUACAAAAAAAUGAAAUCUUAUGGCAUUUUUAAGCCACUAAUCACUUUAACUUUAUAUAUAUAUAUGUUUAUUUUAUUAUCAAUUUAUUGGAUAUUUUAGAAAUUCCUUUUGAAUAUUCUUGACAUCCCUUGAAAAACAGAAAAAUAGGGUGUGUAUAAUUCAUUUCCCAUACGCGACAGUUGAAUAAUAAUUAAAUUUGUCUUUUUAUUAUGUGGCUAAUAGACCCGUAAGUAUUAAACUAAGCAGUACUCAUAGAUGUAGAUUGGUAAACUAUGUUAACUGAAAAAUAUCAAGUGAUAACAUAGUUCGUCUAGUCAAAGCAUUAUUUGCUUUAUGAAGAAGCACUUUCUAGUGGGUAACCAAAAGAGGGCUUCACCCAUGUGUGUUUGACUUCUGUGAUAGUCUGUGUAUUUUCCCUUUAUGUCUCUAAAAAAAACAAAAACAAAAACAAAACAAAAAAAAACUCCAUGAAUUUGACUGCUUUAAUGAUUAACAAUUUUUAAAUUUCAAAGUCAGAUAAAACUUAAUUUUGCUCUUUGAAGUUAUCUGCAGAAAGUCUAACAGAAAUUAGGUCUUUGACUAUUAUAUAUGUUCAUGAGUACUACUUCAGCCAUGGAAGCUAACAAGUUAAAAUACUUCAACUUUAGUGUAUUUAUUUACUUUUUUUCUAAUUUUAUAUGAAAUGUGAAAGGUUUUUAUUUUGGUUAGGUUUACGUUAGGUUGCUAAUGACCAGUGUUAGGAAUUAACCUAGGACCCUCUUAUUAAGAAUGUCACUGCCUAAAUUUUUCUCUGCUUAGCUGUUACUAGGUUGUCAACCCAUUUUACUGGUUUUCAAGCUUUUGAACUUGAAAAAUCUAUUUAAGUUUUCUGAUUAAAUUUCUGCCUUUCAUAUAGAGGGUUUAAUUUUAAGGAAAUGUUUAAUUAAGCAUCCUCCCUUUUUUAUUUUUCCUCUAAACAAAUAGUAACUUUACCCCUUUUUCAUGGAAAGGACUUUGUUCGAAAAUUAGAAGAAUUUUCAUUGUUAUGGUGUCUUUAUGGUGAAAAUAAGUUACCUUUACUGCCUUAUUUUAGUAGGUGUCAUUUCAUUUUGUACUAAGCUGGUAAGCUAAUUAUGAUUCAGAAUAGUUUUAUGUUUUUAUUCCAGAGAACUAAGAAUCAGAAUUAAAAUUUCUUAACAUUCCUAAGUGGAUAAACUUCAUGAAUAUAACUUAAUUUAAUAAACAAAACUAAUUAGUAAAUGUAUUAUUUUGAUCAAUUCUAUAAAUUUUACUAAGCUAUCCAAAAUGUAAAUGAUUAAAAAUGAACAUGUUUCACUUGUAAAAAUUCUAGCCUUAUCCAGUUACCAGAUUUGGCCAGAUUUUAUCUUCCACGUGUUUACUAGCCUUUUCUGCCCUACCUAUAGCAGUAGGUGAUUAUUACUUUAUAUUCUCUUUAGAAAUACUUGAAUACAAACUAAAUUAUAUUUUAUCUUUUAAGAAAGCUUAUUUUUAAUGUAACUUUUAGUAUGGAGGGUUUGUAAAUAAUGUAAAAUUUGUAAAAUUGUACUUGAAAUGUUAAUAUUUUUAAUUACUACUUUUAUAAAUUUGUAAAGUAUCAGGAAAACAGACUUCAAGUAUUUUUAAUAACUUUCAAAAACUUGCUGUAUAGUUUUGUUUCUUCCAAAAUUUCUAUUUGGUCAAGAUGUCCAGCUGGAAAUGUAUUAUCUGAAACAUUUGAGUUCAUUUCUGUGUUUAAGUGCAGGUUUAUAUAUUUGUUAGUUCAGGUCACAAUGAGUUGCACUCUUCAGAUAGAAAUGUCUAGUUUUGCCUCCAUUAAAGUGCUGUCCAGUUGAAACCUGCCGAAUCAUGUAAUGUACUAAACAAACUAGAGACAGACUUUCAUGUUGAUUCAACACUCCAAAUACAGAUUGAAUACAUAUUUACUAAACUAAUCAUUCACGUGUAAAAAAUUUUAUUUCUAUGUUGCCUAUUUAUUUUUUAUAGAUGUUUUCCUCUGGUUAUAAGAUUAUAACUUUUUAAAUACUGCAACCAACAGUUGUAAUGUUUAAAAUACUUACCUACAGAAUGUUAUAUUUUUAUGUAAAAUCAGUUUCUUCUGGUUCUAAAUUUUUUUAAGAUAAACUGAUUUUUAAGUUAAUAUGCUUGUAAAUUUUUCUUUGCAUUCAUGAACUAUGUGUCCCUCUCCCACCAUGCAGAUUCUGUAUAAUAUUUUAUGAGACUGUAAAGUCAAUUUAAAAUUCAAGGGUACUUGGAAUUCUACCAAUCAUAAAAUGUUAUUACAGGAAGUUUUAAGAGUAAAAUUCCCCACAAGUUCUACAGGAGUUAAUAGACUUCUUAUAAAGAGCCAGAUAAUAAGUAAUUUAGGCUUUGUGGACCAUAUGGUCUCAGUUCUGCCUUUACAGUGUGAAAGCAGCCAUAAAAAGAUGUAGACAGGCAUGACUGUUUUCCAAUAAAUCUUAAUCGACACUGAAAUCCAGGUUACAUAUAAUUUUUACAUCAUGAGGGGCUUUUGAUUGUUUUCAAUCAUUUCAAGACAUAACAAGUUUUAGCUUGCAAACCUUUCUUAUAAAAACAGGUAGUGAGCCAAUUUUGGCCCAAUGGCCUUAGUUUGGUGACCCUAUUCUAGAAUAUAAGCUAUAAUAAAUACCUUCACUGACCCUAAAUAUCCUGACAUCUUUAAAUGUAUUUCCAUGCCACUUACGGACUGGGUAUUUGGAGCUCUUUAUAGUCUAAGGCUUUCAGGUUAACAGAUGCCUAAAAACUGUUCCUCACAACUGCUAAUAAGUCAAUUUAUUUCAAAUGGAACUAUUAAAUCAUCUCACUUAUAUGAAACUAAGUGUAUGAAAUUUUUAAAGCAAUUUAUCAGAUUAAAAUCACAUCAGUGUUACCCUUUUGAUGUUUUCGUCAUAGUAACUUUGCAAUUUUUCUUGGUGUCCUAUUUAUCUACUUAUCUAAAUCCUUCAAGAGAUAGGCACUAAGCAGUCACUUAAAUGGCAAUCUGAGAGGUACAAUUUUUUUAUUUUAUAAUUUAUUUACAUUUCAUUGUACAUCUUUAUGAGUUACAAUAUGGAUUUUCAGUGUGUGUGUAGUGUGGGAUCAUGAUAUCAUAAUACCAUAUUCAUUGUUUUCAAGAAGAACACAUGUGCAGCAUUAAUUUUAUAAGAUUGGCUGUUUCUUUUUAAUCUUUUUCCCCACUCAGUUGUGAAUAUGCCAUUCCACAACUCAUUUGCCCAAUACCUGCAUUCCUGUGUCUGCUAAAUGCCUUUUUCCUGAUAUCCUCCUAUCCCUCCCCAUCCUCACUCCCUAUGCAGUCUCUGGUAUCUAGUUGUCUACUUCUGUAUCUUCUUUUCUCUCAGGUUCUGCCAUAGAAUGCAGAUAUCUGACAUAUAUUGAACAAAGACAUGUAACAUUUGUCCUUCAUAGUUUGACUUGUUUCACUUAGCAUUACAUCUUCUGUUGGGUCAUUGGAAAAAUCAUUGAUGCAUUUUUGCAUAGAAAAACACGUCAUGACUUUUCCAACAAACCUAUAGAUUUGACUGUUUUGUAUCAAAUGACAAGAUCCCAUUGUUAAUUAUGGCUGAGUAGCAUUCCAAGUGCCACACUUUUAAAUCCAGUGUUCGGUUGUUAAGACACUGAGGUUGAUUCCAUCCCUAUUUCUGGAGAACAGGAAAUGAUGUGAGUAAUGUUGUAAUGUUGCAAUAAACAUGGCUAUGCAAGUGUC